CAAGCGCUCAGGUUUCGCCAUCACAAACAGCGAUAGAGUGCAUCCAGUGCCGCAGUCACAACAGUGUUUCCGGCUCUUGUCACGCCAUGAACCCUCUGCCAAGACAAACUCAAACAUGUCCUCGGAACACUCAUCAGUACUGCACCACUUCGCAUAUAGUCGUGCUAGGCAGAGAAGGACAAGUCGAGCAGGAAAUAGUGGUUCGCGGAUGUUCCGAAUCAGAUUUCGAUGACGGAUGUUCGGUUGAUACUAUUCAAAUUGGAGUUAAUAAUGAUACGAGGGCAGUUGCAGUGACGUGUAUAAAGACUUGCGGAGUUUCAGGUUGCAACAAUGAACCGCUGCCUUUUUCGGGACUGUCUGGAUCAGGGCGAAAAUGCCUGUCUUGUUUGUCUACAAAUGGUGCAUGCACGUCUUUCAAAUCAGUGACGUGUUUAUCAGAUGAAGAUUUAUGCUUCAGCAAGGUCAUCUAUACCGAGGGCUUCCCAUACAUGGAAAACACUGACUUCUCCUCAUCUGUUCACAUCCUGUUCGAAGAACGAAAGUGUGCUUCCACAGCUGUGUCCAGUAACUGCACCACUACCAACCAAAACAUAGCCAACUCCAAUCUACGCACUGUGUCGUGUGAAGAAACAUGCCAGGACGACAAUUGCAACGCACACUGGCCUAAUCGUCCCAGAUGUUCACAAUGCAGUGGCAGCUACUACUCGCAGACAGGCGAACUCAUCACAGACUCAGACCCUAGUCACUAUACAUGGUGCAAAGAGAACCCUCCAAUGCCCAGCCAAUGUGCAGACCCCUCUUACAAAUUCUGUUACGUGAGCGAGAAGUUCAGAGCGGGAUCAGAUAACGCAGUAAAAUGGGGAUACCCGAAGACGUUUGAGCGUGGUUGUCUGAAAGAGGAAUCGUGGUCACGCUGUAAAGAGUAUACGUUUCAAGACGAACGAGUAGCACUGCACUGUCAGUUUACAUGCAGUGAACACGACUGCAACUUAGGUUCCGAUGCUAUCAAACUGACGAUAUCUACCUCAGCUUUCCUAGUCAGCAUUCUGUUUUCCGAGAACUUUUGGAGUGGAUUAUGACAACUACCGCACUCAAAACCCCA